UGGUAUUCUAACUUAUUUGUUACUGAAGUUGUAUCAAUAUCAGGAUGAUAGGCCUGCUGAAAAAGGUGACUGUGAAGUAACCGUGGGAUACUGGGAUAAAAUCCUAACGGUUAGCCCAACUAGCCAUAAAGAAUCUUGUAGCCUAUUUCAGAUCUUUGUUAUUGUUUACAAAGUUACAAAAAGGUAACUUACCGCAAGAUGUCAACUAUUUUACUGGAAGAUAUGUAAUUAAAAUAUGAGUCGACAGGAAACUGAGAUUGAAAAUGAUGACAAAUUCAUCAACCUUCUAUGGGAUGACAUCCUGUUUGUCAAGAUAUUGCCUGCUCUCUCCAUAAAAGAGUUAUUCAUUUUAAGAAGUCUAUCUACAAAAUACAAGCAUCUCAUUGAUUCAUUUUUUAGUCAGAUGAAAUAUUUGAAUCUUAGCAAAUAUGGCAAUUUGUUUGGCGUGGAAGCUUUCAAGGUUUUGACUGAUAAAUGUUCACAAUUGAAAACAAUUGUUUUUACCAACUGCCAAUGGUUAACGGAUGAACUAAUCAUACCAUUCUUUAAAAAUAAUCUACAUUUGAAAAAGAUUGUCUUGAAUCACUGCAAGAAUUUGACAAGUGUGUGUUUACAACCAGUAAUUAUACUCUGUAGGCUAGAGAGUCUCUCAUUGGCUGGUUGUAAGUGGCUCACAGUUGGUUGUCUACAAAGCAUCACCUUACAUCAGCGGAGACUGGUCGAAGUUGACCUUUCCGAGACACACUCGGUGUCAGAUGUGACGGCUAUCAACAAUUUCCUUAAGCUUUCUGUAAGAUUAAAAUCGUUGAACCUAUCUAAACUGCUGUGUGUUGAUGAUCUAACAAUGUCUAUCAUCGCACACUCGGCCAAAGAUCUGGAAAUGCUGAAUGUCACAGGUUGCCAACGUGUCACCUCUCAUGGCGUUUGGUUUGUAACAGAAUACUGCCACAAGCUAAAGGCUGUUGUGUGUUUUGGCUGUCCGCUGGUGAACCACUUUUCUAUGAUCUAUGAAAAAAAUCACCAGAAUUUGCAGAUUUUCUCCGAUAAUCGUCAGCCUUUUCCAAUACGCUUUCCACGAAUAAAUGUAUAACUUAGUAAGUUUUUAGUUAUGAACUUAAUGUUACCUAACUGUAAAUAAAGUAUUUUUGUUACCUGUGUUCA